AUGGAAAGGAUUGUGGAGUCUAAACCAAAGUUAGUAAUGGAAAAUAUAAAAGCUAAUAUAUUUUCUACAGUAUUUUUAAUCAUUUUAGGAGCACUGUUAUUAUUAACAUAUUACUUGCUAAAGGAUUAUCUCACAGUUUUAUGUUUUUCUUUUAUUUCAGCUAUAGCCAUCAAACCAACCAAAGAUUACAUUUUGAAUUGGAUUAUAUCAGGCAGAAAGAACAAAUCAAAAAACAACAUCUUGCAAGAGAAUUACUUAGUCCAACUGUUCACAGGGAUAUACCUUUUAGUCACAGAUUUUAAGAACAAUUAUAUGGGCGUUUGGGAACUUAUUGUAGAUGUUUUGAAUUCUAUUAAACAUUUUAGGACAGAUAUUUUUUCAUUGCUACGUCUCACAUUAACAUACAUUUUAGUUGCUAAAGUAGGUAUUGCUUUGAGCUUUGUGUCUAUUGGAUCUCUGCUUCUUUUUGAUUUAUUGAUUCGCCUCUUUAUAUACACUUACCGUCGUAUCUUUAAAGCCUACCUUGAAGAAAACGCUGAAAAUGAUAAUGCUACUUAGUUAAUUAUUGACGAAUAAGAUCAACAAAACAAUUAAAAUUCAGGCAAAAAAGGGAAAAAGAGCUAAGUUAAAAAUCAGCUACAAUAAACUGUUGUAGAGAAUGAGGAAGCCAAACAAAAAAGAUUGAAAACUGAGUAAGAAGAAGAGCAAUUUUACAAUUCGCUUGUUUCUACUCUUUGUGUUGUAGGUUUUGUGAUGUCAAUAAUUUUUAUUCUUGUAUUUUUUGGCGGAUUGUGCUUUUGGGAUAUAAUAGAUAUUCGUAACAAAGCUUCAUAAACUCUUUAAAUCUAAUUAAAAGAAGUGAAUAACUUAAUAGAGUAAUAAGGCAUUAAAUCCUACCUUGAUGAAUAAUUUAUCAAAGAUUAAAUUUUAAGCUAGGUAGAUAAACUAGAUACUUAUAUGAGUCAGUCAAAUCUUUUACCAGCCAUCCAAGUAUUUUAAGGAGUUGUUAAUAACUACUUUAAUAACACAAAUUCUACUUUAGAAGAACAAGAAGCAACUUAUAAAUUUAGAUAAAAUAUAGAGUUAUGUCAAGAAGGUUAUAUCAAGUAUCUAAAUAACUCAUAUAUUCCACAAUUUAUUAUAAGUUCUGCUAACGAAGUUACAGCUGUUGUCUGCUAUAUUCAAAUUUUUAUUAAGCAAAUGGACUUCAACAUUAAUGAGAUCUUGAAUAACUUGAAAAAUGUUGGAGGAAACCUUUAUUAAAAUAUCCAAAAAAUAAUAAUUUGGAUAAUUUAAUCUUUGUUUACUUUUUUGUUUUCGAUAAUUGACUACUUGUUAUAAACUAUUAUCUAUCUCACUAGUUUAUUCUACCUCUUAAGCUCACCUUAGUUUUCGUUGAAUAAACUGCUGUUACUUCUUCCAUUAGAAGGAGAUAUCAAGAAAAAAUUAGAAUUUUCUCUAGAGAAGAAUAUUAGAGGAGUGUUUGCUUCAAACUUAAAAAUUUCAUUUUAUCACAUAAUUUUGACUUGGCUAAUGCUUGAUAUAUUUGAUUUACCAUUUUCAUUUAUUACAUCAGUCUUAGCUGGUGUUUUGGCUAUUAUUCCAAUUAUUCCUGUUUACUUCAUAACAAUUCCUUACUGCAUAUAUUUGUACUUCUCUGGUUCAAUCUUGGAAAUGGCCAUUCUUUUUGUUGGAUAUGCACAUAUAAGUCUCCUUUCAAUAGAUGCUAUCUAUUCUAAAAACAUUGCAGUUCAUCCCUUUAUUACAGGUAUUUGUGUUGCAAUGGGUUUGAGUGUGUUUGAAUUAAAAGGUAUAAUCAUCGGGCCUCUUAUAGUUUGCUCAGUUUAUCUAUUAGUUGAUGUAUUGGGAGAAAUACAAGAAAGCAAAAAAAUAGAUCAAAUUAAAAAAGGAAACCUAAAGAAGUUAAAUUCUAAUAUCAUAACACAAAAAGCAAGUAGCUCUCAGUAGUAAGAAGCCUCAAAAACAUAAACUCCAGAUGAUCACAAUAAUGACUAGCAAUAGCAAAAAAAUUAGGAAUCUGUAGAGCCAUCAGAACCAAAGGAGGAUAAGACCUCUAUUGAAACUCAUCAAAAUCGUGUUAAUCCUAAAAAAUAAUAAUAGCUUGUCAAUCCAAGUGAUAACUAAAUUGCCAAAAGAAACACAAGGACCAGAUCAAAUAAAAAAAAUAAUUGA